GCUGUUUGUUGUCAUCGCGCACUUCCUGUGACAAGUCGAAACAAAAAUAUUUCACUCGGUGCAGAUGUUUGUAUCUUGGCCAUAUUGUAGAUAAACUGCAGAAACAGAUUCGUGUGAUUCCACCAGAAACAAAAUGCCACUGAAUCUUUUUGGAAAUAAGUUUUCUCCAAAGAAAACACCACCAAGGAGAGCUCAAUCAUUGUCAAACCUACAGUUAGAUGCAACACAGUCCAAAGAGGAGUUCGGACCAGAUGUGGGACCAAUCAAAGUGAGGCUGAGUGGACAGGAAGUCACAUUUGAAAAUGGAAUGUGGGUUCCAGUAUCAGAUGAGACUGGUACUAGUGCAGCAAGUCACAAAGAAGUGAUGAAGCUUCGGAAAGCAAACCAGCAACUACAGGAGGAAAAUAAUUUGCUCAAACUUAAAACAGAUAUACUGCUGGAUAUGUUAGCAGAAGCAUCGGCAGUGUCCCAUUACCAUGAAAAUGAACUGAAGCAAUUAAAAGCUCAAGCUGGGAGGAGAAAGUGACCUCUGAUACAGUUCACUGGUACAUGUUGGAGAGAGAUAGUGGGGAGUCAUACCCCGACCAUCACAGGGCCUCUUAUUGGGAUGACUCAUUGGCGUCCGCAGUCUUCCUCAUCAGGUUUCUUAACAUAAAUAUAUUGUGAAGACUGCCAAGUGAAGGAUCUUGUUGUAUGUACUUGAAUAUGUUUAGAUAGAAAUAUCAUCUCCCCUUCACCUGGAUUUCUUCAACAGUUUCCAUCCGUCCAAGUCUGUUCAGUACCAUCAUGUGUGAAGAGAAGGCGCAACAUAUAAACCAUACAGACAUGUUUUUGUACAUUGAUAUAUGUGUAGUCUAUAGACGUGAUACAGGACACAUUUGUAUUAUGUGUAGUCUAUAGACGUGAUACAGGACACAUUUGUGUGUGUGUAGUCUAUAGACGUGAUACAGGACACAUUUGUAUGUGUGUAGUCUAUAGAUGUAAUACAGGACACAUUUGUAUUAUGUGUAGUCUAUAG